GAAAGUGAACUUUUUAAGGAUGGAGUAUUUUGUUCUUCCUCUAUAUUUUUCUGCAAACUCUCUAUCUCACUCUUCAAUAAUUGCUCUUUGACUUUUGAAACAAUUAUUGAAUUUUAUCUACCAUCCGUUUAGCUUGCAUGAUGAGUUCAGUUUGACUUCCAAUUAGGUAUGCAUCUCUUAAUCAUCUAGCUAACUUUGAUAAUCUUCCAAUUUAAUCACUUCAGUUUUUGUUCUUAGAAUUAGAAUUAUGCAAUAUGGCAGAAACUGCAGUAUGGUUUGUUCUUAAACAAGUAUACCAACUACUAAAAGAAGAAGCAAAGUUAGUGAAAUAUGUACGAAAAGACUUUGAAGAAAUUAAAAAUGAACUAGAGUUUAUCCGCGUCUUCUUAAAAGACGCGGAUAAAAGAGCCACAACAGAAGAAUUAGGAAUCAAACUUUGGGUGAAACAGUUGAGAGAAUUAUCUUUUCACAUUGAAGAUGUCAUUGAUGCAUACAUCAUGGAUGUAGUAAAUGCAACACAUCAUCAUGAUCUUCAUGAUGAUGGAUAUAUAGGGAAAUUCCAAAGUGUUAUUGGAUUGAUGAAAUCGAAAACCCUAACCCUAAAACCACGUCAUCGGAUAGCAACUGAGAUUCAAGAGAUCAAAUUGAGGAUUUAUGGAAUCAAAGAAAGAAUUGAAAGAUACAAUUUUCAAUUCUCUGAACAGCAAGAAGGAUUGUCGAUUAAGUAUCCUGAUCGGUUGGGUUCGCUUUUCGUUGAUGAAGGUGAAAUUGUGGGGUUUGAGAAACCUAAAGAUGAAAUUGUUGGUUGGUUGGUUGAUGGAGAAGAAAAAAGUCGGUGUGUGAUUUCGGUUGUUGGAAUGGGGGGAGUAGGGAAAACAACUCUUACUAAAAAUGUUUUUGAUGAUCAACAAGUGAAAGGUUGCUUUGAUUGUCGCGCAUUUCUCGUGGUUUCUCAAUCAUAUAGUGUUGAAGCUUUGGUGAGAAAUAUGAUGAUGCAGUUUUCUGAAGAAACUAAAGAGCCUCUUCCUCAAGGUAUAAACAUGAUGGACAAGACGACACUCAUAACUGUUGCAAGGUCGUACUUGCAGAGCAAGAGGUAUGUGAUUUACUUUGAUGAUGUAUGGAAAGUAGAUUUUUGGGACGAGAUCCAACUUGCCAUACCAGAUAACAAGAAAGGAAGUAGGAUAAUGAUCACAACCAGGAAUUUGGAUGUUGCCAACUAUUGUAGGAAAGAUUCUCGUGUUCAAGUGCACAAGUUGCAACCCUUGCCUCCAAACAAAGCAUGGGAACUCUUUUGCAACAAGGCGUUUCGAUUUGAUUUCGAUGGAAUCUGUCCAUCAGAGCUGAAAGAUAUAUCCGACGAAAUCAUUCAAAAAUGCGAGGGGUUGCCGCUUGCAAUUGUGGCUAUAGGAGGUCUCUUGUCAACUAAAGAUAAAACUGUUUCUGAGUGGAAAAAACUAUGCCAAAAUCUAAGUUCGGAGUUAGACCGUAAUCCACAUUUAGCUAAUUUAACAAGAAUUUUAGGCAUGAGUUAUGAUGACUUACCGCAUUAUUUGAAAUCAUGCAUCUUGUAUUUUGGUAUAUACCCAGAAGAUUACUCAAUUAGGAGUUCAAGGUUGAUUCGACAAUGGAUAGCGGAGGGGUUUGUUAAACAUGAAGUGGGAAAAUCUUUGGAGGAAGUUGGAGAAGAAUAUUUGACAGAGUUGAUCCACAGAAGUUUGGUUCAAGUCUCCUGUGUUCACUAUGAUGGUACAGCUACAAGUUGCCGAAUCCACGAUCUGUUACGAGAAAUGAUCAUGAGAAAAAUGAAGGAUUUAAGCUUUUGUCAUGUUGUGGAUGAAGAUAAUCAUGAACAAAUCUCUGAUGUAACGAUUAGGAGAUUGGCUAUAAAAACCAGUUCCAACAACAUGCUAAGGAGCAUUGAAAACUUUCCCCUACGUUCCCUAUAUAUAUUCGAUGUUUUAAUAAAAUUUUCUGAUUACUUUGGGAGUAAAUUCUUUGCAAAGUCUAAGCUUUUGAAAGUAUUGGACUUGGAAGGUGCUUUGCUGGACUAUGUUCCUGAUGAUAUUGGAAACAGGUUUCACUUAAAGUACUUGAGCUUAAGAUAUACAAAUGUCAAGAAUCUUCCAAAAUCAAUUGGCAAACUACAAAAUCUAGAGACUUUGGAUCUAAAGGGAACACUAAUUCGCGAGUUACCAAGUGAAAUAAAUAAACUUACAAAGUUGCGCCAUCUUUUGGUUUACAACAGAAGAACAUAUUCAAGUAUCAGCGGCGAAAGUGGGGUGAGAAUGAUGGAAGGUUUUGGAGGCAUGAUAGUUUUGCAAAAACUUUAUCAUGUAGAGGUAGACCAUGGCGGGUUGAACCUAAUAGCAGAGUUGAAAAAGCUCAAACAAUUAAGAAAGUUGGGAUUAAAGAAUGUAAAGAGAGAAUAUGGAAAUGCACUUUGUGAGUCAAUAGAGGAAAUGAAAUUCCUUGAAUCACUUCAUAUUAGUGCAAUAAGUGAAAAUGAAGUCAUAGACUUGCAAUUUAUUUCAUCUCUACCUCAACUUAGACAACUUCACUUGUUUGGCUGCUUAGAAAAGCUUCCGAAUUGGGUUCCAAGACUUGAUCAACUUGUUACGUUGUUGAUUCGUUUUUCAAAGUUAAAGGAUGAUCCUUUAAAGUUACUUAAAGAUUUACCGAACUUGUUGUGUCUUGCAAUGGUGUGUGAUGCUUAUGAUGGAGAAAUGUUGCACUUUGAAGUUGGAUUUAAGAAGCUGAAUAAAUUAUAUCUUGUGCAGUUGAAUAACUUGAAUUCCAUUUUAAUAGAUAAUGAAGCUCUUCCUGCUCUUAAACUAAUUGAAAUGGCUCACCUCCCCAAGCUAAAAGAGAUUCCCCCUGAUAUUCAUCUGCUAAAGAACCUUGAAACUCUGCGUUUGAUUGAUACGCCUCAUGAGUUCCACCAAAGCAUUGAUCCAAAUGGUGGAUCCAAGAACUGGGUCAUUGAACACGUGCAAAUGGUAACCAUUGUAGAGAGGGUUGGUCCAAAUCCAAAUUCUUUCGACUUCAGCUAUCGUACUUUUCGUCAUCCAAAGGUUACAUGAAUCAAGAAUAGAAAGGCUUCUCAACGUGGAUGGAUCGAUAUGGAACUUGGAACUUUCGGAUUCUCAAUAUGUUACAAUGUAUCUUGGGAGAUUUUCUUUAUGGCUUUUGUGUGCUGGCCUAUUUUGUUUUUGUUUUUGAUGAAGUGAAAACAUAAAUGCAAUUUCAGUUGGAUCUUCUCCCUGCCUUAAACAUUGGAUUGCGAGCUAGCUUGCGACUACGGAUUAACUUACUUACAUUGUCUUUUAGCAGAAAAACAUGGUCCCUCUCUACCACUUGCAUUAGGAAGCAUUUGGCUGUUGAGACAAAACCUUCACCAUCAAUAACAAAUACUAUCUAAUCUUCUCCUAGAUUCCAGACAACAGGAGUGAUUCAUAUCUCUCAUACGUAGCGUAUUUCUUGAUCAUAUAAAAUUAAUGUAUAUAUGGUGAUCAUUAUAUUAGGCUUAGUAUAUACUCACCAUGUUAAUUUAUGUUCAAACUUAACAUUAUCACAAACUUCAUCUCUAAUAUAAUGAGUGGAGCCAUAUUAACAAAAGGAUAGUGUUGCUAUAUUCUCAUUAAUUAACACAAGGUGAUAAUCAUUACUCCCUUCGUCCCAAAACUUUAGUCUUUUUGGAGUUUUGCACGGAGAUUAAUAAAUGAUAAGUAAAGUCAUUUUUACCCUUA